GCCAGAAAUUCCCGUCGCGGCUUUCCUAAGCGCGCCGGCCGGCGCCGCGGGGGGGACGGGGAUGGGUUUGGAAGCCGAACGGGCGGCGGACAAAGACGGCCCCGUUCCGGCGCGCCGCUUCCGUGCCCGUGGGCCACAAAGGCCUGUCGGUGUCGGCCGGGCAGUGACGAGGCUCCGUCCCUUCUGCCUUCCCUGGCGGCCCGGUUUUCCUGCUGGUCGUUAAUGCCCCGUGCUCUUGAGCGCUCUUAAUCGUUGGUCAGUGUCUGAGGAAUGAUUUUUUUUUUUUUUUUAAAUUCUGUUUGCUCCUGCUGCGCGUUGUUCAUUAAGGGCUCCGUUGUGGUUUUUUUAGAUUUUUUUCCUUUUUUUUUUCUUUUUUUUUUUUUUUGAAUGAGAGUGAGGACAUAACGGGCGUCUAUUGCCGUGGAUGAUCAGGAAGGUGUCCAGCCUGUCUCGGUAAGCCAUGGCGUAUCAGCUGUAUAGAAACACCACGCUGGGGAACAGUCUUCAGGAGAGCCUGGAUGAGCUCAUACAGUCACAGCAAAUCACGCCUCAGCUGGCCCUCCAGGUGCUACUUCAGUUUGAUAAAGCCAUAAAUUCAGCACUGGCACAACGAGUCAGGAACAGAGUCAAUUUCAGGGGGUCUCUGAAUACGUACAGGUUCUGUGACAACGUAUGGACAUUUGUACUGAAUGAUGUUGAAUUUAGGGAGGUCACUGAACUUGUGAAAGUGGAUAAAGUGAAAAUUGUAGCAUGUGAUGGAAAAAAUACUGGUUCCAAUACUGCAGAAUGAAUAGAACUGUGGUUUGUCUGCAAUAUUUUCUGUUGAUACGCAGCACUUUCUGGAGAGAAGCAUGGAAAGGGACUGUGUUCAUACUUAAUUCUUGUGAUGCAGAUGUGUUAAUCCAUACUAGAAAGCGUCACAGAAUGACAGUGGAAGAAAUACCUGUAGCAUUUCUUCAGUUCACCUUAUAGGGCAUGAAUACAAUGUUACUUCUUUUUUUUUUUUAAUUACAACUGAUACUGUUGCCUUUUUUGUUCAAAAUAAUUUCUGUAAUAAACUUUUAUUUAAAAACUU